UCUCUGUUAUCAAGCGCGAUUUUACGAUCAAAACUUAAGAAUAGAAUAUUGUAAAGAAAUUUGCAAAACUUACAAUGAAUUUGAAGACAUUCGUAAAGAUCUGACAUCGGAUUACUACGAAAAAGUUAUUCGUAAAGAGCAGAUGGAUUUUAUGAGAAGGAUGAGUAAACCGCCGCAGGUUGCAGCAAAUGAAGCCUUGUUAGAAAAUGUGCUUGUGAUGAUCGUCUGCAUAUUGACUAAAAUCCCUGUUUUUGUUGUUGGUGCGCCGGGUGCGUCAAAAUCACUUGCCAUUCGUUUAGUUUCACAAAACCUUCGUGGCGGAGAUUCUGAUGAUCCUUAUUUUAAGACACUACCACAGGUGUAUGUUAUUCCUUACCAAGGUUCAUCAUCUUCAACUACUGAUGGUUUGGUGAAAGUGUUUAUGAAAGCGGAAGAAUAUCAAAAAACCAAUUCAAAGGACUUUCCUUUGAUUACUGUUGUUUUACUUGAUGAAGUUGGCCUGGCAGAGACUUCUCCGCAUAAUCCACUGAAAGUUCUUCAUUCGUUACUUGAACCAAGCUACCCACAAGAAUUUCCUAAUGUUUCUGUCAUAGGCAUAAGUAAUUGGAGAUUGGAUAAUUCCAAAUCGAGUAGAGCCCUACUAAUACAAAGGCCAAAAUUUGAGAGGAAAGACCUGAAUAAUACAGCCAAAUUACUUUUAAAACUCGAGAGAUUUCAAUUACCCUGCUACGAUAAAGUUAAAAUUUUGCACGCAUUGUCCGAGUCUUAUUUGAAAUACGAAAAAGGACAGCCGAUAAAAAACUUUCAUGGUCUUC